CCUCCGUCUCUCGUUUUUGUCCGUUUUACACUGAACACGGAAGUGAACCUGGGAACUCACAUUUCUUUUUUUUAAUCGAGAUAUUUUUGUAUUAUUAAUGCCUAAGUACAACUCAACAGUCAUAAAAAUAUAAGUUUUGGUGCUGAAAAGGAACAAUAUGGAGAAUGUUUUAUCCUCGACUGGUGACGGUAAAUUGGACCAAGCCAUUAAUCAGUGGCUGCAGUUUGACGAGAACCCCCAGACAGUGGCGUUGGUGCAGGGCCUGGUGAAGGAGGGGGCGGUUGGGGAGCUGCGGAGGUGUUUUGGCUCUAGGAUGGAGUUUGGGACGGCUGGCCUCAGAGCUGCCAUGGGACCAGGGAUCUCCUGUAUGAACGACCUCACCAUCAUACAGACCACACAGGGGUUCUGUAAGUAUCUGGAGCAAUGUUUCGGGCAGUGUCUGAAGGAGAGGGGGGUGGUGGUAGGGUUUGAUGCCCGUGCCCACCCUCCCAGUGGAGGCAGCAGUAGACGUUUUGCCAGCCUGGCGGCCGCCGUGUUCACCUGCCGAGGAGUCCCUGUCCACCUGUUCUGUGACAUCACACCCACACCCUUCGUGCCCUUCGCUGUGUCUCAUCUGGGUCUGUGUGCUGGCGUCAUGGUAACCGCCUCCCACAACCCCAAACAGGACAACGGCUACAAGGUGUAUUGGGAGAACGGUGCCCAGAUCGUGCCGCCCCAUGAUAAGGGCAUCUCUGUAGCCAUCGAGGCUAACCUGGAGCCCUGGCCUGAGUCCUGGGACAUAACCUCUCUGUCUCACAGCCCUCUGCUGAAGGACCCGUUCCAAGACAUUCACACAGAGUACUACAGGGCCAUCCAACAGCACUGUCACCACAGGGACAUCAACAAGAGUUCAGGAGGUGAAGGGGUCCUGGUCAGUCACACCCUCCGUGAGGAGGGGGACACGGUCCUGCAACAGAAAGGUGGUCAGUGGCGUGUGUUCAGUGGUAAUGAGUUGGGGGCGUUGCUGGGUUGGUGGGUGUAUCAGUGUUGGAAACAGACCAACCCGGACCAGUCUACCGUGAAGUCGGUCUACAUGUUGGCCUCCACCGUCUCCUCUAAGAUUCUACGAGCCAUCGCUCUCAAGGAGGGCUUCCACUUCGAGGAAACUCUGACUGGGUUCAAGUGGAUGGGCAACAGAGCCAGAGAGCUGCUGGACCAGAACAAGAUUGUACUGUUCGCCUUCGAGGAGGCAAUAGGGUACAUGUGUGGUUCUGCCGUGCUGGAUAAAGACGGGGUCAGUGCGGCAGCCAUCGCUGGGGAGAUGACAUCAUACCUGGCCGCGAAGAACAUCACGUUGUCACAACAACUCACUGCUGUCUACGAGGAGUAUGGGUACCACAUCACUAAGAACUCCUACUUCAUCUGUCACGACCAGGCAGUGAUCCGGGCCAUGUUUGACCGGCUGCGUCACUACGGUAACCAGGAGGAUGUGUCGUACCCCAGGCAGUGUGGAGGCGUGGCCAUCACCGCUGUACGAGACCUCACUACUGGAUACGACAGCAGCCAGGCGGACAACAAGGCUGUCCUCCCUCCUCCUAUAUGCUACACUGAGCUGUCAGGUGUCAAACACACUAUAUACUACACUGAGCUGUGUGUUGCCCCCGGCAACCGGUAUAAACACACUAUAUACUACACUGAGCUGUGUGCUGCCCCUGGCAACCGGUAUAAACACACUAUAUACUACACUGAGCUGUGUGCUGCCCCCGGCAACAGUGAUGUUGCAGGUUUACAGAAGGAGUUAGAUGACCUGGUUAAUGCCAUCGUAGAGGACUUCUUCCAGCCCCAGAAGAAUAACCUGCUGUCCAAGCCUGAGUAACACACAUCAGUGGCUUGUCAACACAAAGACCCGCGCUGGUUUGACUUCCUGAUCAAGAUUCCCUUUACACAUUCUUCUUCCAGAACUCACAACAUUCUAGAACUCACACACAUUGUAGAACUCACACACACACACACACAUUCUAGAACUCACACACACACACACAUUCUAGAACUCACACACAUUCUAGAAGUCUUUAAUGGGUUGUACCUGGAGCUCUAAGUCUUAUCUACUAGCUGGAGUGCUGUGUAUUUGACCAAACACACAGGGUUACUAACUGUCGUUCAGGGUUUUAACUCCAACCCUGUUUGAUAAGGAGGAGGAGUAGUACUACCACUAGGCUCCCGAGUGACGCAGCGGGUCUGUCACUGCAUCACUACAGACCCUGGUUCGAUUCCAGGCUGUAUCACAACCGACCGUGAUUGGGAGGUCCCAUAGGACGGCGCACAAUUGGCCCGGCGUCGUCCGGGUUUGGCCGGUGGUAGGCCGUCAUUGUAAAUAAGAAUUUGUUCUUAAUUGACUUGCCUGGUUAAAUAAUUGUUUUUUAAAAAUACUGAUACCACUGCCUCCUCCUCAAUAACCAGCCUCCUCUGUAACCAUUACUGCAUAAUGUUUCAAGAACAACAAUAAAGAUGUGAUUUUUAAAAGGAAAAA